AUGCAAAAUGGUGAUGAUAGACCCCAGCACCCGUCGGAAUUGAAGAAAGGCGAGGUAAAUCCGUACAUUCCAAAGUACAUCGCCGCCAAGCCGUGGUAUCAAGGCGGAACCACCGACAAAGAGGAUGAUUACCUUGCUCAUCAAAGGAAGAACCCCGAAGAGAUCAUCGACUAUAGUGAAGCCAAGGCAGGGCAAGGAAUCCAAGAUGAGUUCGAUGGCAAUGGUGAAGUCAGAGUCAAGAAGAAUGAGGACUAUGUGUCCAAAAGAGACCGUUGGUAUGGAUAUGAACUGAAACAAUGGGAGUCCGUAUUGGCAAACUGGGAAGACAUGAACAGGAAAAGGCGCAAGAAGCAGCAGCAAAAGGGAGGAGAGAGCUAUGACUCGGAUGACACUGACUAUGAGUUGGAGUUGGUGGAAUUGGGGUUGGAUCGCAAAGACUUACGUACCAGCAUCAAGGAAGACCCGUUAGAACAAACCAUUCGUGACCGACAAGAUGUACCUUCGUACAUCUACAACAUCACAAGCAACCCUGGAAACAAGAUACGCAUCGAAUACGAUCCCAAGUCGAGGUUGGCCAAGGACUUGACCAAGGGCUUCUUGAAUGAUGACACCGAGUUUGUCAGGAAACAGGCAGAUGAUGGCAUCAGUUUGACGGAAGUGCAGCGAUUUGCAUGGGAGGAGGACAACAAGAAGAAGAAGCAAGCACGGGCAGAUGUUGGUGGUGGGGACGAAGUUCCCGAGGCCAAUCCUGAUUUCAAUGUUGAGGCCAGUCCUACGUUGAUGAUGCUCAAAGCAAAACAGCACAAGGAUAACCUCUUGAUGGAGGCCAGCUUGAAGAAGCAGGCAUUGAAGGACAAGUAUGGAAUCGCCAAUGCACCAGAAAGGUCGCUGGUCAAGGAGAUCGGCAUCGACCAAACUCCCAUUUCAGACAAUGAUCACAACGGAUUAAAACGUACCAUCUAUGCCGAGGACAAGUACGACUUGAACCAUACUGCCGUGUUUGGGAGCUAUUAUGAAGAUGGAAAAUGGGGCUAUAAGUGCUGCAGACAGACGAUUCGAAACGUGUUCUGUAAUAAGAAUGAAUAG